CCUGUCUGAGACAUUCCGCACCAUCCUGCAACUCCUCCACUCACUUUCUCUCAAAUUGAAGAAUCUGUCUGUCUGGAGGAGAGAGAGAGGUUAACGCGUAUCCAGUGGCUCUCCACUGCGCACAGAGAGCAGCUCGUUUAUCUUUCUUUUCCACGUUUUAUGUGUUCAUAAAAACCGCCAUUCUCUCCACGCCGAACUGGAUCAAUAGACCUCGUCGCCAGCGGUCGUGGAAGAUGGAUGCGCCUCUGGAGAGCCAUAUAAUUUCCCUGGAAAUAAACAUGCGACGGGAUGUUGGAUAAAUGGGUGCCUCUCCAAACCAUGGAAACCUGUCGGAAUAUAGUGGUUUACUUUGUAUAAUGCGCGUCAUGAGCUGUGCUUGCGCAUUUUGAAAGAUUUAAACUCGCCAGUUCUGAUGUGCGCUCGCCUUGGAGAGGUCCACUCUAACAUGUAGUUCAUAGAUCAAAAGCAGAUUCUUGUGGGACAUGGAUAGACUUUCUAAACCAUCUGCGGAUAUAGUGUCGAUGAUCAUAGCUUCUGUCUGAAUUGUAUUGGAGGUCUGCUGAAUUUGGAGGGGAGACUUUGGCAUGCGAACCUAACGACGCACCGCGUUCUCCUUUCCCAGCUGUCCGCGGCGCACAGACAGUGGACUCAAAGCGUGUAGCUGGUAAACAACGCGCAACAGAUAUCAACUAAUGCGUUGAUUGAUCAUGCUGAGACAGAUGCUCUUAAACUCCACGGCCGCAGCACGAAACUUUGACCUGCUGACCCACACACACGCACCGGCCCCGCUCAACGUGUCUCACGGUCCCGUCAGCGUGUCCGCCAUGCUGAAACCCACUGGCCGCGGAGGUGCUCUGCGCGAGGGUGAGCUGAACAAACCGGACCUGGCCACGUAUGUGGUGAUGUGCCUGUUGCUUUUUCUCCUAGUCCUCCUCAUCGUCUUCUUCAUCAACUGUCAGCUAAGGAACUCCUUCUUUGCCUCCAUGCCUUAUGACCGCUCACUGCGAGAGGCCCGCAGCUCCUAUAAAUGACACUGGUCAGAACCGGGGGCCGCAGGUGCCCAAAAUGAUUAACACUGUGUGUUUCACACAAUGGAUUGUGGUAUUGGAAUGGAAGGUCAUGUGCAAUGGAUUUCGGAAAGCAGGGGCUCGGAUUGAAUCUGAGCUCAACUGUGUGCUUGUUUAUCUGUCUGUAUAUAAUGACUGUUUUGUACUUCUGCACGAUAGCAUCAAGGCCUUUUUUGUCCGUGAGGUUAAUUAUAUACGUCUUGUGCAUUAUGUAAGAGGGAUUAUUUUCUUGUACUGUGUUAAACAAUGAUUAAAUCUCACAUGCAUUGCG